AUGGCAAAAUACGGCACAAUACCGACCUCAUCCUCGCCUGCCGGAAUACCGAUGAACCUUGAAUACAUCUCACGCGCCAAGGAACGCCUAAAGGCCGGUCUUGGAGAGCGCCGCCCAUGGAGGGAGAUGUUCAAACUCCACGCCUUCAACAUCCCGAAACCAUACUCCGACAUCGUUGCUCGAAUCAAAACGAACGCUGUCUAUUUCCAGAUGAACUACGCCAUUAUUGUCCUAGUAAUCAUCUUCCUCAGCCUCCUCUGGCAUCCAAUUUCGCUUAUCGUAUUUAUUGCCAUGAUGGCUGUAUGGCUGUUCCUGUACUUCUUACGGGACGAGCCGCUCGUGAUAUUUGGCAGACUGAUCACCGAUUGGGUGGUGCUUAUUGUUCUGUCGAUUGUCACGAUUGUUGUUCUGCUUUUGACUCGCGCUACCACCAAUAUUUUGGUGGCGCUUCUGGUGGGAGUGGUGGUGGUGCUUAUUCACGCGAUAGUGAGGAAGACAGAUGAUUUGUUCUACGAUGAGGCUUCCGGAAGUUUGUUGAGGUCUCCGGGCGGUGGUCCUUGA